AUGGGAAAAGAAAAACACGGGGUUUUAAAUUUCGGUGUAAACGAAAGAUGUGAAGAGACAUAUUGUGAAAUAACGUUGAAGGAUCCAUUAGCGAAAAGCAACAGCGAAUGUGUUUUGAUACUCGAGAUAACUCAAAGAAAGACUUCAAAAAUAGGGAGAAAGCGAGAACAGUGGAAUGAAAGGAAAAAACGAAAAAAAAAGAUGAAGAAGCGAGACCUGUUUAGUGAACACAAAUUUGUUUUUCCAGAUGCUUUUCUUUCUUCAUCUUCAUAG